AUGCGGUCUUUUAUUCUACUCAGUGUGUUGUUCACACUGCUUCUGGGCACUCUGUCGACGGCUUGGGAAUUGGAGGGAUUGAAAUUGGCUCGUGAUGAAUUUUUGGGUUUGGGGAGACGAGAUGAAACUACGGCAGCAGAUUCAGCAACGACUGGUUCUUCCCCCUCUACUACCGAGACGGCCUCAGAAACUGGCACGGCGACCGACACCGACACCGCAACUACAGGAACAGGAACAAACACCAACACUGGUACCGAGUCUAGCUCAGAAACAGGAACUGCUACAGGGACCGCAACCAAGACAAAGGGCACAUCGACUUCGUCCACCUCUAUCGAUGCCCGUCUUCCAGCGGGAGGAAUCUCGAUGAUCACCCCCUCCAACGGAGCAACCACAUACUACAAAGUCGGUGAAUACGUGACUUUCAAAUGGAACUACACUUCGCUCUCUGUGACCCCGUCCGCCGUCAACGUCGUUGCAUCCUGCAGUCUGAACGAUGCUACUUACACUAUCUCGAACAAUAUGAGUGUCGAGGCUACCGGUGCUGUGACCUGGGAUACGGGUGAUUACCAGGCGUCCGCUACGAUCCCGUUGCUAACGGCGACGUAUACAUUGAUCGUGUAUGACGUGGACUCGUCUAUCGGUGAUACUGCCAGUGCGGGUCAUCUGGGAUCAAGCACUCAGUUCAACUUUGGCAUGUAUCUUCCGCAGCCAUACACGCCUCUCAACGAAUACAAAUGUGCCACAUGCAGCGGUGCCAUGUCCGGUAUCGACCGCCAAGCCAUAAAAUUCGCAAUGGGCAUGGCAGCAAUCACCAUCUUCUCUUUCACCUGGUUCGCCGGCAACUUUGGUGUCUUCGCUACCUAA